AUGCCUAACGUUGCAGAAGCAGAAAGGGCAAAUGAUUCUGGAAAUGGUGAGCACAAAUCCGAGAGAAGGUCUCCUGAAGAGAAUCUACACGGUGCUGUACAGUCUUUCUGCACUCGUGCCUCGGGGGCACCCUUGGGCCCCAAAGGAGAUGGUCAUUAUCCGUGGAGCUGUCCAGUGACCCAUACUCGGGAGAAAAUUUAUGCCAUCUGUUCAGACUAUGCCUUUCUCAACCAGGCAACCUCAAUCUAUAAACCUCCAAAUUCAACCCGCUCUUCUUGUCUUCCUGAUAGUACCUCUUUAUCUGCGGGAAAUAACCCGUCAAGAUACAUUGGCAUCCCAACUAGUACAUCAGAGAUCAUCUACAAUGAAGAAAAUAGCUUGGACAACUUAUCCAAUAGCCUGGGCAAGCUACCUCUCGCAUGGGAAAUUGAUAAGUCUGAAUUUGAUGGGGUGACCACAAAUUUGAAACACAAAUCAGGCAAUGUAAAGAAACAAAUUUGCAAGAAAAAAACUUCAGACAAAAAAGGAAGACAUCAGAGGGAGUGGCCUCAGUAUUCUCCUCUUGAAGAUAUUAAGCAGCGGAAAGUAUUAGAUCUCAGAAGAUGGUUUCUUCGACUUUGUAACUCCCCAGUGUUUGCUGACCUGCUCAUUUCCAGAGCUUCUGGGGCCUUGUCGAAGUUAACUCAUGGAUUGAAAGAUGAAUCACUGGCUUAUAUCUAUCAUUGCCAAAAUCAUUAUUUUUGUCCAAUUGGCUUCGAAGCAACCCCUGUUAAAGCUAAUAAAGCAUUCAGCAGGGGUCCCCUCUCACCACAAGAAGUAGAGUAUUGGAUCUUAAUUGGAGAAUCAAGUAGAAAACAUCCUGCUAUUCACUGUAAAAAGUGGGCAGAUAUUGUUACUGAUCUCAACACUCAAAAUCCAGAAUAUCUAGAUAUCCGACACUUAGAGAGGGGGCUGCAGUAUCGAAAAACAAAGAAGGUUGGGGGAAAUUUGCAUUGCAUCAUAGCAUUCCAGAGACUUAAUUGGCAACGAUUUGGCCUUUGGAACUUUCCAUUUGGAACCAUUAGACAAGAAUCACACCCUCCAACACAUGCCCAGGGAAUAGCUAAAUCUGAGAGUGAAGAUAAUAUCUCCAAGAAGCAGCAUGGGCGCCUGGGCCGGUCUUUCAGUGCUAGUUUCCAUCAGGACUCGGCAUGGAAAAAGAUGUCCAGUAUCCAUGAGAGAAGGAACAGUGGUUACCAGGGUUACAGUGAUUAUGAUGGGAAUGACUGA